AAAUUAAGCUUUUAAAGUGUGUUUAAACUUUAACCUACGCUCGCACAGAAAAAAAAAGUUUAAUUACUGAGCAGCAGCGCAGCAGAGGUGUCUUAAAUGGAUCUGUGUGCGCAGCAGAGCUCUUCAUAAGUCUCUCUCUGAGAUUUGUACAAGGCUACAAAGGCUACGAAGGCUACAAGCAGAGGCUCCGUUUCGAGGCACAGCUUUAUGUCAUUUCCGAAACGUUUCGUUGGCGAUCGGGUUCUGCAUUUCCAUCAAUCGGAGCCGUUUGAUCAGCAUCGGUGGAUGGGAUUUGCAUUUGAGCGAUUUGUUUGAUUGAAUGGUCUGGUAGUGCUCACUAUGAACCCGCUGUGCUGCAUUGCGCCGGUUUCGAUCGAUCGGGACCGGGCCAGUCCGGUCGCGGAGAAGCAGUCAAGUCAGUGCCAGUUGGGGCCCGAGGCUCCGAUCCGAAACGUGAGUUACGGCUCGAAGCCGAGCUACUCGGCUCAGGUCUCGUUGGCCGGUACCGAAUCUGACAGGGCUUCAGUUACUGCGGGACACGAGGUUGAAGAUACGAUCAGCGAAGCUAGGGAUUCGAAGGUGUUUGGUAUCAAUGGAGGCGUCAGUGGCAGCGUGGCUGGGAUUUUGUACAAGUGGGUGAACUACGGGAAGGGAUGGAGGUCGAGGUGGUUUGUGCUCGAAGACGGUGUGCUUUCGUACUACAAGGUUCACGGACCGGACAAGAUUUUGAUGAGCCCGGUCCGGGAGAAAGGCUUGAGGGUGAUCGGAGAAGACUCGUUGAGGUAUAUGAAGAAGGCUAAUUGGAGUAAUAGUCGGCUUGGCGCGCCGGCGAGGCGGUGCAAGCCUUUCGGCGAAGUCCAUUUGAAGGUCUCUUCAAUUCGUGCCAGCAAAUCAGAUGAUAAAAGGCUUUCCAUAUUCACAGGAACUAAAACUCUCCACUUGCGUUGUGUAUCUAGAGAGGGCAGAGCUGCAUGGAUUGAGGCACUGCUGGGUGCUAAAGAUCUUUUCCCUAGAGUGUUGACAAGCCAUGAUUUAGUACCUUCAGAAGAUAUAGUUGUUUCAACAGAGAAGCUUAGAUUAAGAUUAGCACAGGAGGGUGUUGGUGAGCCGGUGAUCAAAGACUGCGAGUCAAUUAUGCUCUUAGAAGUCUCCGAGCUGCAAAAUCAGUUGAAGACUCUUCAGAGUAAACAUGUGAUGUUGUUAGACACUUUGAGACAAUUGGAGACGGAGAAAAUAGAGCUGGAGACUACAGUAGUAGAUGAAACAAAGGAGCGUGAGUCCUACUGCGGACAGGGGAAUCGGAGAUUUAGUGAUUUCUACUCCGUCUUAUCAGAGGGCAGUGCAAGUGACUCUGACGCAGAUAAUGAAAGUCAAGAUGGAGCAGAUGUUGAAACAGAUGAAGAUGAAGGAAUGUAUUUUGAUACGCAUGAUAUGUUGUCUUCAGAUGCUUUAAGGAGUGCCUCCUAUCGGAGUAGGGAAGAUACUCUAAGAAGUGCUUCCUAUCGGAGUAGGGAAGGUUUGGGCAAUGGUUGUUUAUAUGAUAGAGAUUCCUUCUUUUCUGAUCGAUUGCAUGGAAUUGAGGAGAUCCGGACAGUUAAAUAUCCAUAUGUGAAAAGGAGGGAUAAUUUUCCAGAACCAAAGGAGAAAGAGAAACCUGUUGGCUUGUGGUCAAUUAUCAAGGAUAAUAUUGGGAAGGACUUGUCUGGAGUCUGUCUUCCUGUUUAUUUUAAUGAACCCCUCUCUUCGUUACAAAAGUGCUUUGAAGAUCUGGAGUAUUCGAACUUGGUUGAUCGAGCAUUGGAAUGGGGAAAGCAGGGGAAUGAUUUAAUGAGAAUUCUAAACGUUGCAGCUUUUGCUGUUUCUGGCUAUGCAUCAACAGAAGGUCGGCAGUGCAAACCCUUUAAUCCUCUUCUUGGGGAGACCUAUGAAGCUGACUAUCCAGAUAAAGGACUUCGUUUUUUCUCUGAAAAGGUGAGUCACCACCCAAUGGUUGUUGCUUGUCACUGUGAAGGCAGAGGUUGGAAAUUCUGGGCGGACUCCAAUCUCAAGGGCAAGUUUUGGGGGCGUUCUAUUCAGCUUGAUCCUGUGGGUGUCCUUUCCUUGCAGUUUGAGGACGGGGAGACUUUUCAGUGGAGCAAGGUUACUACUUCUAUAUACAAUAUCAUACUAGGAAAAAUUUAUUGUGAUCACUAUGGCACCAUGCGCAUCAAGGGAAGUGGCAAUUACUCCUGCAAGCUAAAGUUCAAGGAGCAGUCUAUCAUAGACCGAAAUCCACAUCAGGUUCAUGGAUUUGUUCAAGACAACAGAACUGGAGAGAAAGUAGCAAUGUUGGUGGGCAAGUGGGACGAGGCAAUGUACUAUGUGCUGGGAGAUCCAACUACAAAACCAAAGGGUUAUGAUCCAAUGACAGAGGCCGUGCUGCUCUGGGAAAGAGAUAACUAUGAUACCAAGACAAGAUACAAUCUCUCUCCUUUUGCAAUAUCUCUGAAUGAAUUAACACCUGGCUUAUUGGAGAAAUUACCUCCAUCAGACUCAAGGCUAAGGCCAGAUCAAAGACAUUUGGAGAACGGUGAAUAUGAAUUGGCAAAUGCAGAGAAACUAAGACUAGAACAGCUACAAAGACAGGCGAGGAAGUUGCAAGAGAGAGGUUGGCAGCCAAGAUGGUUUCGAAAAGACGAGGAUGGUUGUUAUAGUUAUGCAGGUGGGUAUUGGGAAACUAGGGAGAAGAAGAACUGGGAAGGAAUUCCUGAUAUUUUUGGCCAGACUAGUGAUUUGCCCUCAUGUUCUGGGGAAGAGUAAGGCGUCUCUUGGCCAAGCUUGUUCUGUUAAAUCCUGGGUCCUUUGAUUUAUUCCCUUCCCAUUUUUCUUUACUUUUCCCCUUUGAUCCCCCCUUGCCCUAAAUUUGAUUUGUAGGCUGUAUUAUAGAAAACAACUCCUUGAUGCCGUAAUGAUAGUUUUCUUAUGGUUUC